AUGUUGGGCUGCGAUCUCCAGAUUCGAUUUACAUUUACACGGACAAGUCAAGGAGCCGCCCCCGCCUCUCCAUCAACAGGGACAAGUCAAGGAGCCGCCCCCGCCUCUCCAUCAACAGGGACAAGUCAAGGAGCCGCCCCCGCCUCUCCAUCAACAGGGACAAGUCAAGGAGCCGCCCCCGCCUCUCCAUCAACAGGGACAAGUCAAGGAGCCGCCCCCGCCUCUCCAUCAACAGGAACAAGUCAAGGAGCCGCCCCCGCCUCUCCAUCAACAGGGACAAGUCAAGGAGCCGCCCCCGCCUCUCCAUCAACAGGAACAAGUCAAGGAGCCGCCCCCGCCUCUCCAUCAACAGGGACAAGUCAAGGAGCCGCCCCGCCUCUCCAUCAACAGGAACAAGUCAAGGAGCCGCCCUCGCCUCUCCAUCAACAGGAACAAGUCAAGGAGCCGCCCUCGCCUCUCCAUCAACAGGGACAAGUCAAGGAGCCGCCCUCGCCUCUCCAUCAACAGGAACAAGUCAAGGAGCCGCCCUCGCCUCUCCAUCAACAGGAACAAGUCAAGGAGCCGCCCUCGCCUCUCCAUCAACAGGGACAAGUCAAGGAGCCGCCCUCGCCUCUCCAUCAACAGGAACAAGUCAAGGAGCCGCCCCCGCCUCUCCAUCAACAGGAACAAGUCAAGGAGCCGCCCUCGCCUCUCCAUCAACAGGGACAAGUCAAGGAGCCGCCCUCGCCUCUCCAUCAACAGGGACAAGUCAAGGAGCCGCCCUCGCCUCUCCAUCAACAGGGACAAGUCAAGGAGCCGCCCCCGCCUCUCCAUCAACAGGGACAAGUCAAGGAGCCGGCCACAGACCAGCAAGAGAAGGUCGCCGAAGAAGUCAAGGAGCCGGCCCCGCCUCUCCAUCAACAGGGACAAGUCAAGGAGCCGCCCCCGCCUCUCCAUCAACAGGGACAAGUCAAGGAGCCGCCCCCGCCUCUCCAUCAACAGGAACAAGUCAAGGAGCCGCCCUCGCCUCUCCAUCAACAGGGACAAGUCAAGGAGCCGCCCUCGCCUCUCCAUCAACACAAGCUCCAUCAACAGGGACAAGUCAAGGAGCCGCCCCCGCCUCCCCAUCAACAGGAACAAGUCAAGGAGCCGCCCUCGCCUCUCCAUCAACAGGGACAAGUCAAGGAGCCGCCCUCGCCUCUCCAUCAACAGGGACAAGUCAAGGAGCCGCCCUCGCCUCUCCAUCAACAGUCAAGGAGCCGCCCUCGCCUCUCCAUCAACAGGGACAAGUCAAGGAGCCGCCCCCGCCUCUCCAUCAACAACAGUCAAAGCCCUCGCCUCUCCAUCAACAGGAACAACAAGGAGCCGCCCUCGCCUCUCCAUCAACAGGGACAAGUCAAGGAGCCGCCCUCGCCUCUCCAUCAACAGGGACAAGUCAAGUCAAGAGCCGCCCCCGCCUCUCCAUCAACAGGGACAAGUCAAGGAGCCGGCCACAGACCAGCAAGAGAAGGUCGCCGAGGAUGGUAUUGCUUCGACAGCGAGAGUUGCGAACAGCGGUGGCAGCGACUGCGGCCCUUGAUGACCUCACGGGGCUGGCCGGAGACCCGCCAUGUUGGGGGCAUCCUAUCCCCUCACCCUGAAGAAAACCCCCAUUGGUGGAACGCCAACCACGUGUUCGUGCCGUACUGCUCGUCGGACUCAUGGUCUGGGACGCGUCGGGCAGCGGAGGGCUCGGGGGAGCUGUCCUUCAUGGGCAGCGUCAUCGUGGAGGAGGUGGUGGCCGCCCUUCUCAACCUCAACUUUACUCAUGGACACAAGCUUAUCCUAGCAGGAAGCAGUGCAGGUGGUGUGGGCGUGCUGGUGAACGUGGACCGGGUAGCCAGCCAGAUCGCCCACUUGGGUAUCCAAGCUGAGGUUCGAGCCGUCGCAGACUCCGGCUGGUUCCUUGACAAUGAACCUUUUGCUCCCUUGAAGUGUGUGGAUGCCCAUAGCUGCCCUCCAGUGGAAGCCAUCAGGCGGGGCCAAGAGCUGUGGCAAGGCAGGAUACCCGAUCAGUGCAGGGAGAAGUACCCGCAUCAUCCCUGGUUCUGCUACUUCGGCUAUCGGAUCUAUCCGACAAUGAAAUCUCCAUUAUUCGUGUUCCAGUGGGUGUUCGACGAGGCCCAGAUGACAGCAGACAACGUGGGCAAACCCAACUCCAAGGAACAAUGGGACUAUAUUCAUGGUAUUGGAAAACGCCUCAUGAGAACGUUAGAAAAUGUUACGGCACUGUUUGCUCCUUCCUGCAUUUCACACACUGUUCUCACCAAGAGGAACUGGGCUGGUGUUAAAAUAGGGCAAAUGUCUCUCCCUCAAGCCCUCUAUUGUUGGGACAUCACACCCUCUGAAGCCCUCGUUGCAAAGACACCACAAAACAGAGGGAAGAAUGAUCAUAGGUUGCAUGAUGGUGGACGACAACUAACAACUAUGAAACAUCACUGCCAACGGCAUCACAAAAGUAGAAAGUGUGACAGAGGCAACCAAAGAAAGGGAAACAGUGCACGAACAAAAAAUAACACCCAGAGUGAAAGUGAAAGGAGAAACGGGCGCCGAAAGGGCAAAAAGUCUAAAACGAUGUCGCAGGAAUUGGGUAAAGUUGCAGAUAGUAGUAGUAUUAGUGGUAAUGUACAUAGUAGUCAUUUGGUGCUUAAGAGAACUCAACAGAGAGUGAACAAUAGUGAUAAUAACAGUGACAAUGGUAGCAGUGUGACCAGUGUCGACUUUGAACAGUCUCAGGGAACAAACAGACAAAGAAUUCUCAAAGGAGAAAUGCUUGCUGACUCACCAAAGAACAGUGUACAAGUGUCCUCCAGUUCAGGCUCUCCAUAUGUGGUCGAGUCAAAUUCCAUAGACACACCUCAGGAAAAUGUUCAAAUAAUACAUACAGAAGAAGGGCAGCAAAGCCCCAAUAGGAGUGGCAGUCAAACCUCCAAAAUAAGACCUAAAAAACACAAAAGGAAAAAUAGAAACAAAAAGGAGAGAGAGAGGAAAAAGAGAAAAAGAGAAAGACGGCGUAAGAGACGAGAAAGACAAAGACAACGAUUGAAGAGAAGAAAGAGGAGGCAGAAAGAAAAAGGACAAAGGAGGAGGAGAAAAUCUCAGAGACGGAAAACAAAUGUUGGAAGAAGCUUGGAGGGUAGAGGACAAGGCUUAAGUGAUACAGAGGAGAAUUCUGACGAGGGGCUUAGAAGUGCACGUUCACUUUUUCUUCUUCAUUCCAAGCAAAUCCACAUUGAGCCUGUCACUACCACAGAUUCUUCCCUCCACCAUUCCUCUCAGGCCACCACUGGGUCAUCUCCCACACCCUCUGUCACAGCACAGUCAAGCCAGAAGGCAGGUAAUGCCAAUAUGCAACUUUCAGAAGAUGAGUACACAGAGGACAUGUGUCCACCCCGCACCUUGCACCUCACUGAUCGCUGCGAAUGGCCGCACUGCAACUAUGCUUGUCCAAAGUUAUUGAAUCCUUUUACAGGUGAAGAGAUGAACUUCAUUGAACUGCUAAAGAGCUUCGGUCUUGACAUGUCAAGUGUGGCUAAUGCCCUUGGCAUCGACAUACAUACGCUUAACUCCAUGGGUAACAAUGAGCUACUCCUUAUUCUCACACAAUAGCACAUGCACUCCAUUCAAAUACAUAGUGGCCAAUUUUUUUAAUUAUCAUUAAUACUGAAUUCAUGGUAGGUUGUUACAUUAAUAAUGGCUUGAUAUGUUUAAUUAAAUUUGAUAAUACAUCACAUGUUUCAUAAACUGCAACCAUUAAACAGAAAAAUCCAUAUUAUAUCUUGUGGAAAAUAGUUAUAAUCCCAAAAUUGUUUUUAAUUUUUUUUUAAAUUUAAUAUUGUAAUGAUUUUUCUUAAUUUUUUAGUUACUGUACUGUAUAGUUUAUUAAGCAAUUUUGAAACCUUGAUAAUAGUAAUGGAGUACUGUAUGAUAAAUUUCUUGUAUUUGCAUCCUUUAAUGUCUUUUCUUUCUAGCGCAUACAACUGUAAAUGUGAUAACACACCUCGUAUAAAAUUUCACAAUUUUGUCUAUGCUGUACUAUAGUAGAACUGAUAAAAUCUUUGCUUACAGAACAAAACUCCAAUUAUCUUGAAUAUUAUUUGUGUAGUUUGUGUGAAGGUUAUCUCCUCCCAGUGACUGCACGAGUGGUCAUUUGAAAAUAGGUGUUUUAUUGCAGGCGAAGAGUCACAAUAACGUGGCUGAAGUAUGUUGACCAGACCACACACUAGAAGGUGGAGGGACGACCACGUUUCGGUUCGUCCUGGACCAUUCUCAG